GUUGGAUGGAGCUGUUGGAAUUUCCUUAUGUGGUCAAGUAGAUGUGUUUAUUUCAGCCUUAAAACUGCUGAUGCCAAUGCUUGCUAUGGCAUCUGUGGCUUCACCGGUUAUAUUUAAGGAGUUUUGUCCCUUAUAUUAUCUUCUCAAUGCCAUUCCUACAAAGAUCCAAAAAGGCUUUCGCUCUAUUGUGGUAUACCUCACAGCACUUGAUACCAAUGGAGACUAUAUUGCUGUGGGGAGCAGCAUUGGAAUGCUUUAUCUCUACUGCAGACAUUUAAACCAGAUGAAAAAAUACAAUUUUGAGGGGAAGUGUGAAUCUAUUACUUUUGUAAAGCUGUUGAGUUGUUUUGAUGAUCUGGUUGCUGUUGGUACAGCCUCAGGUCGGGUUGCAGUUUUUCAGCUUGUGUCUUCAUUACCUGGAAGAAACAAACAGCUUCGGAGAUUCGAUGUUGCUGGUAUUCACAAAAGUAGCAUUACAGCGCUAGCUUGGAGUCCCAAUGGCAUGAAAUUAUUCUCUGGGGAUGACAAAGGGAAGAUUGUCUACUCUGCCCUAGACCUAGACCAGGGUAUUUGCAACUCCAACCUUGUAUUGGAAGAGCCAUCUUCAAUUGUCCAGUUGGAUUACAACCAAAAAGUGCUGCUUGUGUCUACUUUACAACGAACUCUACUUUUUUACACAGAAGAGAAAUCUGUCAAGCAAGUUGGAACACAGCCCAGAAAAAACACUGGCAAAUUUGGAGCAUGUUUUAUACCUGGUCUGUGUAAACAGAGUGACCUGACACUAUUUGCUGCCAGACCCGGGCUUCGUCUUUGGAAGUCUGAUGUUCACGGAACUGUUCAGGCCACAUUCUUAUUGAAAGAUGUAUUUGCUGGAGGAAUAAAAGCUUUUGAACUGUAUCCUCGUUUGGAACCACCUGACAGAGGAAGUUACAGCUCCCCAGAGAAACACCUUGGGCUUGUUUCAUGCUUUUUCCGAGAAGGAUGGGUGCUGACCUGGAAUGAAUACAGCAUCUACUUACUAGACACUGUGAACCAGGCUUUGAUUGGUGGCUUGGAAGGAUAUGGUGAUAUUGUGUCUGUGUCCUGUACCAACAAUGAGAUUUUUUUCUUAAAGGGAGAUAGAGACAUAAUACGAAUUUCAAGUAGACCUGAAGGAGUGUCAUCAAUAGGUGCAUCUAUAUCAUCUAGCCCUUCAGUGGAAACAGAUAAAAAAUUGGUUACUUCCCCUUCAGUUACUGGUGAUAAAAAUGACGCUUGUUCUUUAGCGAAAGAUGAGCUGGAAACUCCAACGCUAUCAGAGAAAAGUUUUGAUAGAGCAGGAGACAUGAGCAAUGAAACAAGAAAAAGGGGCUGCUCUGUAGUAAGUGAAUCAAGAAGCAGGAGCAGUUCAAUAAAUUCUGUGGACAGUGGCUCUGGCUUUAUGGUAUGUGCAGACCAAUUUUCAGAAGCUCAGAGAGAAUGUCAGCUUUCUUCACAACGGUUCAGCACAAUCAGUUCUGAAGAUUUUGAUCAAGAACUCAUUGUAAAGCCAAUUAAAGUGAAAAAGAAGAAAAAGAAGAAACAAGAAAGUGGGACCAGGAAAAACCACAGCUCUCUGGAAGGAACACCAAUUUAUGAGCGUCAGCUUUCUGGUGAUAGUCCACAUUCAUUGAAUGCAGACUCCUUUUCCAUCACUUCCAGCCUAAUGAGUGGCAGCACUGAUCGUUUGAGUACUGGAUCUCCAGAUCAGGAAAGCAUGUGCAGUGUGGAGUCCCAUACCAUCUUGCAUGAAGAUAAUGGUUCGGAAACUUUCAGUGUCCUACAGUCUCCUGAGUCUGCAACUGUACUAAUUAAUGCAGAAAAUGGAGAUACGGUUGAUAUACAGAAACUUCCAAACAGUGACAGUGGCAUGGGUACUUCAGCUGUUAUAGAUACUUUGACAUCUGACUCUCCUCUAAUCCUCACAGAAGACUUGACAAGCAGUGUUGAUGGUGAAUGUAACGGUAGCAUGGUUUCUGCAAGCAAUGAAAGCUGUCUUAGAAAGCUGAGCCAAGAGGAGGAGCAGGAUUUUCCUACAUUGUGUAAAAUAGAUGAAAACCUAGAUAAUUUGAAGCUGCAGGAUACUGAAAAAUUUUUUGAAGAGCCAGACCUUACAGACCAAAUGUUUUUGGAAUGUGACAGUGCACUUGGUGUUCAGACAUCACUGACACCAAAGGAGAAUGAUGGAACUGGUAGGGAAGAUCAGCAACAACUCUCUCUAAUACACAGCGCUCUGUCAGAUCCUUCUGUGCUCCACUUUGACAUCUGUAACCAUGUUUAUUCCGAUAACACUUCCAUUUCUGGGUGGAAUUUUGAAGGUGCAAUCAAAGCUAAAUCUAGUACUAGCACUGCUGAAUGGGUAAGAGACACUCAUGACGGUAAGACUGAGAAAUCUGCCUCUAGUGAUGAAGAGGAUAUUUAUGGGCAUGGAUUACCAUAUUCAUCCUCAGAGACCAGCAUGCCUGAAGUUGGUGCUGGGCCUGGUUCCCAGGAUGUGGCCAAGAAAAGCCCAGAUGAAAUGGCGCUGUUAAAAUCUGAUCAGUUUGCAGAGAGCUGGAUGGGAUACUCUGGCCCUGGUUAUGGCAUCCUGAGCUUGGUUGUCUCAGAAAAAUACAUUUGGUGCCUGGACUACAGAGGCAGCCUGUACUGCAGCGCGCUGCCCGCCGCAGGGCUGCGGUGGCAGAAAUUCGAGGAGGGGGUACAGCAAGUGGCAGUUUCCCCUUCAGGGGCUCUUCUCUGGAAGAUUGAACAGAAGACUAACAAAGCAUUUGCUUGUGGAAAAGUAACUAUAAAAGGAAAACGCCACUGGUAUGAGGCCCUACCCCAAGCUGUGUUUGUAGCUUUAAGUGAUGACACUGCCUGGAUUAUCAGAACAAAUGGAGACCUGUAUCUGCAAACAGGCCUGAGUGUGGAUCGUCCUUGUGCCCGAGCAGUAAAGGUUGACUGCCCUUGUCCACUGUCGCAGGUUACAUCCAGAAAUAAUGUUGUGUGGGCACUGAGUGAGCAGCGGGCCCUGCUGUACCGGGAGGGAGUACGCAGCUUUUGUCCUGAAGGAGAACAAUGGAAGAGUGAUAUUGUCAGUGAAAUGCAAGCUUUGGAACCAGUGUGCAUAACCCUUGGAGAUCAGCAGACAUUAUGGGCUUUGGAUAUCCAUGGAAAUCUGUGGUUCAGAACUGGUAUAGUUUCAAAGAAACCACAAGGAGAUGAUAACCAUUGGUGGCAAGUAAGCAUCACUGAUUAUGUAGUGUUUGACCAGUACAGCCUGUUCCAGACCAUAAUCCAGGCAACUCAAACAGUGGCAACAGCAGCUCAGGCACCUGUGGAGAAGGUGGCCGAUAAACUUCGAAUGGCAUUUUGGUCACAGCAGCUUCAGUGUCAACCCAGCCUCCUUGGAGUUAAUGGCAGUGGAGUCUGGAUCUCUUCUGGCAAAAAUGAAUUCCAUGUGGCAAAGGGAAACUUAAUAGGCACUUACUGGAAUAAUAUUGUGCCUCGUGGCACUGCUUCUGCCACAAAAUGGAUUUUUGUGAUGGCUUCCACAGCUUCAUCUAAAGAAGGAAGCUUUCUGUGGCUGUGCCAAAGCAACAAGGAUCUGUUUUGUGUCAGUGAUCAGAAUCCUCAGUUUCGUCCUUCUACGGUGCAGCUGCCACCAGAGGCUGAAAUGGUGCACUACUCUGCCUGCCAGGAUGCCAUUUGGGGUUUGGAUAGUCUUGGGCAGGUAUUUAUCAGAACACUUUCAUCCAGCUGUCCAACAGGGAUGCACUGGACAAAACUGGAUCUCUCUCAACUAGGUACUGUAAAGCUGAUCAGCUUGACCUGUGGAAAUCAGCAUGUUUGGGCCUGUGACACCAGUGGUGGUGUUUAUUUCCGUGUAGGAACACAACCUUUUAACCCAAGUUUGAUGCUUCCUGCAUGGAUAAUGAUUGAGCCACCUAUACAGCCAGUAGGGAUCAACCUGGUCAGCAUUCAUUCAAGUCCAAAUGAUCAGAUGUUGUGGGCAAUUGAUAGCAAAUGGAAUGUCCAUGUACGAGUUGGAAUUACAGAUGAAAUGCCUGUAGGCACUGACUGGGAACAUGUACCAGGUUUGCAGGCUUGUCAGCUGGCUGUAAGUACAAGGACUGUUUGGGCACGCUGUCCUAAUGGAGAUGUAGCUCGUCGAUACGGCAUUACUGACAAGAAUCCGGCAGGAGACUACUGGAAGAAGAUUCCUGGAAAUGUCUCACGUUUAACAGUGACCCCUCUGGAUGAACUGUGGGCGAUCAGUACUUCAGGAUCCCUUCUUCAGCGCCUCACUAAGACCUUUAGCCAUUCCCACAGUUUGCAGAAAAAUAAUGACACUUCUGUUCUGCUUCACCCUGAUGAUUUUGAAGAUGAAUGGGAAGUGAUAUGAAGUCUCUCAAGCUUGUGAAGCAGUGAAAAAAACCAACAAAACAGGAGGACAAUUUCUAUAACGUAUGUACAGAAUGUUGGAUCUAAAAGCCACUCAUAUUGGACCCUGCGAUAUUAGCACUUUUGUAUUAAAAAACUGAUCUGUUAAUAGCCCCCAAGCUGUGAGUUCUGUUGGUUGUUCCCUUAUCUCUUGGGAGACUCUUUAGGUGUGGCAUACCACAAUUGUUAUACUGUACUACUGUAGAACCUCCUUUGGAAAUAUAACUCUUAAGUUAAUCUUACUAGCAAUGAAAGUGACUACUUCACAACAGCAUGCACACUAAUACAUGUGUAGUUAUUUUGAGAAGAAAUUCUGUUUCAUUAAAUAUUUCUCUACAGCAGAAACAUUAAGCAUUUCUCAACUUCUUCUUGUACUUGGAACUCCAAACUGAUUGGAAUGCUGUCUGACUGUUGUACAUAUAUUUAGAAUUAUUUUCCCUUGCAGCAUGGAAGAAAAUAUGGCAAAGUAUUUCUUAGCAAGAUCUCAGAACAUCAUGAUUACAGAGCAUUGGUGUUGAAAUGAACUUGUUUUGAUCCAUUUCCAUAUAAAUAUAUGCAAGGCUAUACUAACCUUCCAUUUGUAGAAAUUUGGUUCAUAAUUUGACUUCAUUCACAAGGGAGAAGUUUGGAUUACACCUAAUAUCAGGGGGACUUUUGCCCAUUUCUCAUAGCCAUCAGGAAGCUGACAGGUUGCGGGGGAUAAGUCCCACUUUGGAAUAGGAAGAAGUUGCAUGUUGGGUUGUAGUACAAAGCAGGAAUGUAUAAGGCAGCUUUCAUAAUUCCUGUUGUGCUGUAUUUGUGCCUCCAGCCAGUGCUUUAACAUUUGGACUCAAAUUGUUUUGAGUACUGUACUUAGAUGUAUUAAAAGGAAAAAUGGUAAUUGAUAGAAUUACCUAUAUAUCCCAUUAAAAAUUGUGAUAUUGUGAGAAAAUACUUAACAAUAUUCUGAUUUUUAGCUAUGUUAGCUAAAUUUUGAAGUGUCUUAUACUUAACAGAUGUUGCAGCAGAGGUAUGUGAUGAACUGGGAAAUAACCUAAGUUAAUCAUUGCAGUUUAUUUUUCUUUAAGCUAAAUCUUCUUUGAAAGAUACCUCAUCUUUUUUAAGCAAUAGAAAUAUAGAUGAGAGAACCUGAGUUUGGUAUGUAGGUGGAGGAGUUAUUUUGUGUUUGUUCUAAGCUUAUAAAUCAUCAGAAUGUUUUAAGCAGCUGCUAACCAAUAAUGUAAAAGAGCCAGUUUCAGAAAAGGCCAAGAGUUGAAAAGUGGGGAUGUUUCUGUUUUGAGAACUUAAUACAUAUGGAAAAGGAUGUGUUUUCUUUUUAACCUUUGUUCUCUUUCAGAAUAGUUCAUGUGCGUACUGCACUAAACUUGGAACAAACAUGGUGCAAGGUGAGAAUGUGAAUCAGUGGAGAGAACCAAGUUAUGUCAGUUUGGUUUUAUUAGUACUUGUGAUGCUGGCUAUCAGUUCUCAGUCUGAUCUUUCAGUCUUACAGGGAGUACAGAUUUGUUUCCCUUUUACAGAUGAUAUGUUUGCUUCAUUGCUAUCUCAUCCGUAUAUGGAGAUUACCCCAGAGGGUUUUUUUAGCCUGUCUGGCAGUGAAUUGUAAUAGAAUCAGCUUGUGAAGUAACCCGGUCUGUUUUAUGCAAGCAUAGCUUGGUAUCUUGAGAACGCCAAGAAGCUGGAAUUCAGCUUAAAAGUAUCUUGUGGCAGACCUGAGUCAGUCACUUUGGAGAAGGGACAUGAGUACUUCUCUGUGCCCUGCCAAGCACCAGAUGCUCAAGUACAAUGACGGUAUUUAAUAGUGACACUUUUGUAUUACGUUUUUCAAAGUCAUCUUAGAAAUGGCUUGAGCUUGCUAGUUGUUUGUUUACUGUAUAAUACUGUACCUUGCUAUGGUCAUUAAUAUUAAAUUGGUGUCAAGAGCUCUUAUAAGACUACUUUUUAGGGUAGUUUUAAUGAAAUUAGGAUGGGUUUUUUACUUUUAUUUCUGUAUUUAGGUUUUUUGUUUUGUUUGUGCUUUGAGACAAGUGCAAUAAACUAGAUUUUUAAGAAAUAAA